CUCUCUCUCUCUCUCUCUCUCUCUCUCUGCCUUCACAAAUUAUCACUCAAAUAUGGCUUUAAAAAGCUCUCUCCUUCUCAUUCUUCCUCUCAUAUUUUCCCUUUCUCUCUCUCACCCCACAUCAGGGAAUGAGGAUUCUCCAAAGCAGAAGGAAUUGGUAAUUGGGUCAAGGCCACCACGGUGCUUCAACAAGUGCUUGAAUUGCAGGCCAUGUGUUGCUGCUUUGGUUAUUUCUCAGCGCCAUAAAGGGGUUCAUAAUAGUGCCUUUUCUAAUUUGGAGGCCGCUCUUCCAGCCCCUAGGGAUGAUGCCUAUUAUCUUCUCUCAUGGAAAUGUAAGUGUAAAGAUAAGUACUUCCAACCUUAGAAACCAAAAUAAAGGCUCAUUCUCCUCCCAGGUUUCUUCUUUAUGGGGAUGAAAUCCAAUGGAGAAUGCUUGUAAGUACAUUAUUUAAUGCGAAUAAGUUAGUUGUUUUGGUUGAAUCAGAUGUAUGGAUUAUUGUCCAUAAACCGUCCAUUGGACCA